AUGCCCGACACCUCGUCCUACAACGGGCUCUCGCUGACGCCAACCAUGGGCUGGGACAACUGGAACGCCUUCGGAUGUUCCGUCUCAGAAGACCUUCUGCUCGAAACCGCACACAGCCUCGUCUCCCUCGGCCUGCGCGACCUGGGCUACACCACCGUCGUGCUCGACGACUGCUGGUCCUCCGGGCGCAACGAGACCGGGCACCUCGUUCCGGACUCUGACAAGUUCCCCAACGGCAUGCUGCACGUGGCCAACCAACUGCACGCCUUGGGACUAAAGUUCGGCAUGUACAGCUCCGCGGGCGCGUACACGUGCGGGCGGUACCCCGGGUCGCUGGGGCACGAAGAGCUCGACGCGCAAACGUUCGCCGCCUGGGGCGUCGACUACCUCAAGUACGACAACUGCUACAACGAAGGGCAGAGCGGCACGCCCGCGCUCAGCUUCGCGCGGUACGCCGCCAUGGCGCGCGCGCUGAGCGCUACCGGGCGAGACAUCGUCUACGGCAUCUGCAACUGGGGCGACGACAACCCGUUUGACUGGGCCCAGACGAUCAGCAAUAGCUGGCGCAUGAGCGGCGACAUUUACGACAGCUUCCAGCGGCCGGAUAGCCGCUGCCCGUGCACGGAAACGCCCUGUGACUGGCCCGGCUACCAUUGCUCCGUCAUGAAUAUCCUGAAUAAGAUGGCGCCGAUACAGUCGCGGAGCCAGCCCGGCGCGUUCAACGAUAUGGAUAUGCUCGAGGUCGGGAAUGGCGGGCAGAGCGAUUCCGAAUACCUCACGCACAUCAGCAUGUGGGCGCUCCUCUCGUCCCCCCUCCUCAUCGGCACCAACAUCGCGACCCUAUCCCCCCGCUCCCUCUCCCUCCUCUCCAACCCCGCCAUCCUCGCCCUAAACCAAGACCCCUCCGGCACAGCCGGGGUGCGGAAAUGGCGGCACCAAGUCCCCGACGUCGACGCCGACGGGCAGGGCGAGGUUGCGCUCUGGACGCGCGAGCUCGCCAACGGAGACACGGCUGUGGCGCUGCUGAACGCGGGGAACGGCAGCAGGGUUAUGCGUGCUGGGUUGGGGGAUGUGUUUUUGGACCAGGCCACCGCGGGCGCGUACGAGGCCCCGGCCGAGCUAAGCCAGGCGUGGGAUGUUUUCGACCUCUGGGCGAAUCGCAUGAGCGACGAGGAGGCUGCGGCAGUUAUAGCUGGCAAUAGCAGCGAGGUUGCAGCCGACAGCAAAACCCGCUACAACGCCACGGCGCUCCCGUACGCCGACGGCCUCGCGGCAAACCAUUCCGCGCUAGUGGGGCAGUGGGUUGGACGCGUGCAGCCUGGUGGGAGCUGGGAGGCGAGGAUCGAGCGGCAUUCGGUGGGCGUGUAUCGCUUCCGGGUGGCGGAUGGGGGGGAGAGGGAUGAGCUCUAG